CAGAGAACAUGAGGUGCCAAACCAAAAAUACUACAAACCUUGCCUGGAACUGUGAGGAAUCAUUGCAUGGCAAAUCGUAUAGCUGGUAGACAGUGCGUAAACGCCAUCGGCCAAGGCAGUAGUACAUUAAUGGCCCUCAGGGUUUACGUGUUAACGUGUUAGGUUAGAAGAGUGUCAGUUUCUUGGAAGGAAACAGUUGUACAAGUCAGCUAUAACAACCGACCAGAAAGAAGAAAUACUGAAGAAAAAAAUAUCAACAUUUUUAACAGAAAUUGUUUUCUGUCAUAAGCAAACUGAAGAAAUGAGGCUAAACCUAGAACAUAGGUUGUAGAUAGUUAUCACAGCUGCAUUUUUAAUUUGGUCGGACUCACGGUGAGUAAAAUUACCCUAGUUCCAGGCCCACAUCUCGUGGGGUAUAGGAACCACAUCAAGGCCACUAACACAAGGGUCUUGUGCCAACUGGAGUCCCGUGGAAAGCGGCUGGCUGUCAAUCUCAAGGGGUCCGAAAACCUAACCACUGAUCAAUACAGCUUAGCCGCUUGAACUUUGUUGCUAUUAUUACCCCUAGGGGACUGGUGAUUGUCUUCGCUCGCUAUCCUCAUUGGACAGGUUCACUCAAUUCCACGUCUAGUUCUUCAAGGACAUUCCGCUUUAGCGUGGACACGAAGAUCUCACCGGCUGCAAGACAGUCGGGCAUCGAGACAUUAGGCAAAUCUCGUGAUCCAGGGGCGCUACAGUACACGUGGUUCUGAGGCCACAUACUGGUACCAGCAAGCUGCUUCUGCGACGAAUAUCAACCGGGGCGCGUGCAAGCUCAGCAGGAUUCUCAGCAAAGUGCAGAUUGCAUUUUAAUCCAGAACAUAUCACAAUGAAAGGUGUUCACCUUGACGAACCUUCGACCCCUCAACCUUGGGAAGAAGACCUUGACCUCUUUAUUCGCCAGUUGACAGACCCUAAAUCCUUCCAGAAUGUCAAACUACCUCAUCUCUCUAUGCACCAUCAGAGGAUGCGACCUGUCCAGGUGGCCACGUCGUCAAGUACAACGCUGCCUUCCAGCCAAUCAGAACAGGCUUUGUCAUCGAGAGUGACCGAGAAAAGAUUGUCAUCUGACAUGGACAAAAAAUGCUCACUACUCCAUAGUGCUUCAACGUCGUCAAACUGCGAGUGCCCUCAGUCUAAAGGUUCCUGGCAGUGCGCCAAAUCACUGCACCACACCUACACCUCUGAUGGCAGAGGUGUGCUCCAAAGGGACGACGCAGUAGAAGUGUCCUGCAGUUCAUGUUACGAGGAAGACUUAGGUAUUGACAAUGAUAGUCCACCCAUCUCACCAAAGGAUAAGGUCAGAGUGACCUUCACGUGUGAUUCAAGCCCAGAAAUUUCAGACGAAGAUAAUCACGCUCACACACACACCACCGAAAACAAGAACAGUUCUCGCAAAGCCAAAGAGUCCAAAAAGAGCAGAUUCAGGAAAAUGAUCACACGUCCGCUAAGACGGAGUUGUAGCGCGGGAAAUCCCAAAGACGUGCCAGCCUACGCACUUUUCCUUCAGUUUAAUCCAGGCAGUCUUCCAGAAAAAUCGACCCUGGCAGAUGGACCGCCCACCCAGAAAGCUUAUUCCGAGCCACACGUUGCUGAAGCAUGCGAUGCGGAUUGCCAACAACAACAGCACAAACCCGUCAGAAAGGUCAUGUCCGAUGAUCCAUCCAGCCUCAUCACUUCAGAAACUUCGUCAUCGCAAGCACCCGUUACAAAAUCCAACAGCCGCUCUAAAUUGGCGAGGCACGUGAAACGAAAGCUCCAGUUUUUACGCCGUAGACAUACAGACAGCGCUUUAGGAGAGAGCACAGCGAAAUUGCAGGAAGGCAAAAUGAAUAUACCAUCUCGGGAAGAUGCUGUAAGGUGGAGCAGGUCCUUUGAAAACUUACUCACAGAUAAACAUGGACUUCAGCUGUUCAGACAGUUUUUGAGGUCAGAGUUCAGUGAGGAAAACAUCGAGUUUUGGAUUGCAUGUGAGGAUUACCAGCAUACGAGAACCAAUCGGCUUCCAGCUAAAGCCCAAACAAUCUACUCUGAUUAUGUAGCAGUCCAUGCACCAAAAGAGAUUAAUCUGGACUCCAAAACAAGAAUCAACACCAUUUCCAACAUGACAAAUUUAAAUCGGAAGACAUUUCAAGAUGCUCAGAAAAGAAUACAGGCUUUGAUGGAGAGGGAUUCUUAUCCAAGGUUUCUACAGUCUGGAUACUACCAAAAUAUUUUGUCAAACCACAGGAAGUGAGCUAGUAGCCAUCUUGAAUUCAUUCAUCAAUCACCAUAGCAACCUAGCUCUCCACCCAUCUUAAUUCAACCCUGUGCUACAUGUAUAUCUAUCCUCAUUGAAUAUUUUAUGUGAAGGUACUUGUAGGUGUACAUGUAUUAUUAGCUUUCACCUGUUUACAUGCAUUAUGUGUUAUCUAAUUGCCAUACCACCGCCAGUUUAAAUAAUCAGAUUUCCAUGUUGUUGUUGUUGUUACAUGUGUUUAAUUACAAGGUAUUGGGAGUCGGAGAUAUUCAUUAUUGGAAUGUUAUACAUAUUCAUUUUGUAAAUAGUAAGGAAUGAUAUUCUUCCACCAGUGAAAUGCCCUCAUUUCUACCCAUUUGUUAGGCAAAGAAUGUUGAAGGAAAUAUUGUCAGCCAAAUUAUUGAAUGGAAUGUGAUGAUGUACACGUAUGAUUAUGUUUUCUGUCUGGUAAGAAAUAACACACAGUAAGUAUCAAUUUCUCCUGAAAUUUUUUUUUGUUUUUCCUUCUGUUAUAUUUUUUUGCCUUUCAUAUUUUCUGGGGGAAAAUCAGAAAUUAAUCAGAUUUAUAAGUUUUAUUGAUAGGCUAAUUUUAUAAACUGUGCAGAGAUUUCCAAGAUAUUUAAGUGUAAGAUGGAGUAACACU